AUGAAACGUAAAGAUCCUAUGUGUGCUUCCGAGGAGCUAUUUAUCAACAAAGCCGCAGGUCUGGAGCAACGACUCGAUGGUCUCGUCCAGACCGUACAUCAGGAUGACGCUUGUGUAAUUUUGCACUCGGCAGAACUGAAACGACAGGCGGCUAUCUUAUAUCUUCACUGCACUCUGUACGAUGUAUCGCCUAGCACAGUUUCGGUUGUCAGGCGAAUCCCUGAUAUUCUCCAAAACAUUUCCCUGUGCCUAGACAGUGGCCUUGUAACAAGUUUGACAUGGCCUGUUUUCGUCGCAGCGGUGGAACUCAAUCCACUAGAUGACAUAAUCACUGUUAACAAUAGAUCUGUGUCUGGGAGAGCAUUCAUUCUCAGUACAUUGGCAGUAAUGUCAACUUGUACCAUUGCGAACCUCGAGAGGACUAGAUCAGUCAUUGUUGAUGUUUGGCAACGCAGAGAUUUGUCUGUAUCAGCAAACACGAUGCAAAGUAUUACAAGCGACUGGGAGAAGUAUGUUGAGCCUGCCAGUAUAAAUUUAAGUCUUGGGUAA